GAGAGAGAUAAGAAGAGAGACCCACUGACAUCGCAGUCUUGUCCUGGCUUCGAAGACUGGAGGAAGAAGAGGUGGAAUAUCUAUCUCGUCUAUUGAGCUGCCUUCAAGGGCCAAGCAGGAAACACCUUCCGAUCACUAGUCGGUAUAGUUUAUGGUUAAAGACUACAACGGGAUCUUUUAACUUUCACUUGAUUCGAAUUGGAGAAACAAGGAUUGGAAAGCAUCAUUCCGCUUCGGCGUGAGCCCGCGUCCAGAGGAAAUCAUGGCAUCCGAAGGAUACCCUACCGUCUGGGAGCGCGUCGUGGCUCUCUUUGAUCCUGCUCCGUUGCUUUGGAGGUCAUCUUUUGAGUACUUCCGCAUCUGUCUGGAAGCUGUAUUCCUGCGUGGAGAACUGUUCUCGCCGAUAUUCAGGACUGCAAAGCUUCGCGAUGAGGCGUUUGGGAGGUUCUGGUUGAAGUUUUCUGCGGUCGAUCCCACCGCACCCCCCAAACCACCACAAGGCUCCGCAGCCCUCAUCCCACCACUUCUCGCGCGAGCAUCAGGAACCGUCCUCGACAUCGGCCCCGGCAGCGGGACCCAAAUCCCCUUACUCAAAGACGUCACUACCAUCCAGACAAUCUACGGCGCCGAACCCUGUAUCGGCCUACACAACGAGCUCCGCUCACGUAUCCUGGCCGCGAACCUGCAGGAUAAAUACCGUAUCUUGCACUGCGGUGCCCAAAAAGAGACUUUGAUUCCUGCUCUUGAGAACGCCGGCGUAGACGUUUCCUCUCCUGCCAUCUUCGAUACGAUCCUCUGUGUUCGUGUCCUCUGCUCGAUUCCAGACCCAGACCGCACUAUCGCCGAUCUGUAUGAUCUGCUCAAACCCGGUGGCCAGCUUCUCGUGACGGAACAUGUGGUGAAUCCAGGGUGGAGAUCCAAGGGGAGUAUUCUCGCGCGGUUAGCGCAGGCGGUUUAUGAAUUGCUGGGAUGGGGCUUCUUCAUGGGCGAUUGUCAUAUGAAUCGUGAUACGGCGAGAUCGUUGCGCAAGGCGGCGGAGAAGGAUGGAGGGUGGGAAGUGGUGGAGUUGGAGGAGCAUUUUUGGUGGUCGCCUAUUAUGUAUAUUUCGGGACGGUUGGUGAAGAAGGCUUAAGAUUGAAAUGAAAAAAUAGGAAAAAGUUUACUUU